AUGUUGGCAGCCGCCGGUCGCCAGACGCUCGCGAAGCGACCAUGGCUCUACUUUGUGACGCCGAGCCUCUCGUCGACAGACGCGAUCCUUCCGCUCGUGGCCAAGGCCAUCAAGGGCGGCGCCAACAUCAUCCAGCUCCGCAACAAGACGUGGCCCGCAGAGGCGCCCGAGCUCUUGGCGAUGGCGACCGCCUUGCGUGAUCUCACGCGCGCGCACGACGUCCCGUUCCUCGUCAACGACCACGUGGCGCUCGCACUCGAGGUCGGCGCUGACGGCGCGCAUAUUGGCCAAGAAGAUACGUCGGUUGCCGAUGCCAAGGCGCUGCUCGCGGCAGCCGACGCGCGUGACUUUAUCCUCGGCGUCACGGUGCGCGAUGCCACCCAAGCCACCAUCGCUUGCCAAGCCGGUGCGUCGUACUUGGGCGUCGGACCUGUCUACUCGUCGAGCACCAAGGCCCACGCCAACAACGGCGAGACCAUUGGCAUCCGCGGCCUCGAGAGCGUUGUCGAGACGGCCCGCGCCUUUCACGUACCCGUCGUCGCUAUCGGCGGUAUUGACGCAAGCCGGGUACAAGGCUGCAUGCAGGCCGGCACCGCCGGUGUCGCCGUCGUCGCCGCCAUCAGCAGCGCCGCCGACGUCACAAGUGCAUCUACCGCCCUCUACCGCAACGUCGCAUUGUACCACCGCGCGUUGGUCUAAGCUGAAGCACAUCGCUCAUAGAGAAGAUACACGUG